GGCCGGCUGGGGUCAGCUCGCUCUCAUCAGUGGGAGGAAAGCCGUGUCGAGGGAGGAGCUCCCUCGUCACUAGCUGAGUGAGUCUGUCUGCCUCUGCCUGCCCUGCUUGGCUGCUCCCAGUGCACCCGGCCACCCGCUGCUGCCUUCCAUGGUUUUGACAGCACUGAAUUUUUACCUUAACAACAGCAUGCUCUUGACCACCACUAUGAGCACCAACUUUAUUGUUGACAUUCCCAGAUGUGUCUUCUCCUCAAAAUUUUCUCCAACCAGAGUCAGAAUAGCCGUUGCCCAAGUUCCUGACUCAGCUACAUUGCCAGGUGUGACAGAUACUGAAGAGAUUGAAAAUCUCCACAAAACACCUCAGGCCACUGUAUAUUUUGCCGAUGAAUUCAGGAGUGUCUCAUGUAGAGUGGCCAGAGAUCUUCUGGUAAUGGACAUGGAUGACAGUCAGUAUGAGCUAAUCACAGUUAUAGGCUACCAGGUGGGAGCGGAAUUUUGCCAUCAAACUAAAGGCCCCUUCUGCAAUCAAGUCCUCAAACCUUCCACGUUUUAUAGGGUGAAUUACUUUAUUUUGGAUGAUAAGUCUGCUAUAAGAGCUCAUACAGAUUGGUCACCAGCAAUACAGACCCGAAAUGUGACAAAUUAUGAGGCAGCUGACGCGGCAUUUGAAGGGCGAGCUGGAGGAAUGAUAGUAAUCACCAUUCUAGUCUCAGUUGGUGGGUUUGUUUUAGUGGUUGCCUUAAUUGUAGCAGUAGCUCUUUCAAAUAAGAAAUAAAAAAUCAAGCAAGUCAACAUUACAUGAAUCAGCAGUAACUACAGAAAUUAAUGAAAUGUGGGAAUUUUACACUUCAAGAAUCAACAUGUACUUCAAAUAAAAUUGCAUGUAUAUAACCUGUC